CCGAUAAAGAAAAAGAGAAGCUAAAGAGAAAGCCAAAGCGCCUCCUUCUGUUUUGAUCUCUUCACAACAAUAAUAUAUGUUUUUUGCAUCCCUCUUUUCCCCUCUCUGACCAUACACUCUUUAAUCUCUCUCUCUCUCUUCCUUUACCAACUAAUAAGCAAAAACAAAGCCAUAUCUUCCUUCUUAAUAUGGCAGCACCAUGGGUUCCACCAUCAUCAAAGCUUCACAUUACUUCCUUGCUGAUGAUGCUGUUAAUGGCGACCACCAUGAUGAACAACAAUGUGAGUGGCCAAGCAACAUGGUGUGUAGCUAGAAGUGAUGCAUCCAACCAGGCCCUGCAAACUGCACUGGACUAUGCAUGUGGUUCCGGUGCAGAUUGCUUUCCUCUUCAAGCCAAUGGCCUUUGCUUCCUUCCUAACACUAUCCAAGCCCAUGCUUCUUACGCCUUCAACAGUUACUACCAGCGAAGGGGAAGAGCUCCUGGUUCCUGUGAUUUUUCUGGCACUGCCACCAUUGCUCAAAGCGAUCCCAGCUAUGGAUCUUGCGUGUACCCAUCUUCUGGAAGCACUGCUGGAGGGGGAAAUACACCAAGCACAACACCUGCAUUCAACAAUCCGAACGUGCCGUCUCCUACGACAACAACACCAAUAUACGGCGGGGGCAACACCGGUGGACUAACGCCGGGAAUGAACACGCCGUUCCCCGACAAUUCCAGGGCAGCAUCAGAGGCAACAGCCACAUGGUUUCUAGGGUUGUUUUCCUCCCUUCUCAUUCUAGCCAUAUGCAUAUGAUGAUGAUCUUUGGUGAGAAUAGGAAGGUUACAGUUUUGUCAGGGGUUAAAAGGGGGAUCCUUUUGAUGUUUAUAACCUUGCUUUAAUGCAAUUUCAUAUUUUAAACAUCCUUUGUAUAAGGUUAUAAACAUUGCUGGAUGGGGGCAUUGUUAUCCACCAGGGAAGGAAGGGCAGAGCUAGGAUAGCAAAUUAUAGGGCUCAAGUUUAAUUCACUAGAUCAAUUUAAUUGUCCCCGUUGCAAACAGAAUAUUUCAUCAUAUCAUCAGCUUAUAAAGCUCUAUUUAGAAUGAAUUUCUUC